ACAGAGGCUCUCUUUCUGAGUAAUCUGGUGGAGAACCCUUGGCCAGGAGAGGCAGAAUGGCGACCGGCUUCUGGUUGGCAGCUGGCACCCUGGCCCUGAUCCUGGCUGUGGCAGCACCUCAGGAAAACCUUUGCCAAGCUCCCAAUGGCCAAGAUGGACACCCAGGGGUUCCAGGCUUAAACGGGCGGCCGGGACAGAAGGGUGACAUUGGAGAACCAGGGCCGUCCGGAAGAAGCAUGGGGAUCCGGGGGCCCAAAGGUGACCCUGGAGAGCCCGGCGUACCAGGAAUCCCAGGCAACCAAGGCUACAGAGGUCCAGACGGGCCCCAGGGCCCUCCGGGGGAAGAAGGCGACCAAGGGCCAAAGGGCCAAGUCGGCAACGUCAGGCACCAGGCCAGGGCCGCCUUCUCGGCCUCUCGGCAGAGCCCGGAGCCAAACGGCAACGUCGUGGUCUUCGACCACAUCAUCACCAAUCAGGACAACGGCUACAGCGGGCAGCGGGGUGUGUUCACCUGCAAGGACCCCGGCUACUACUACUUCUCCUUCCAGGUGGUUUCCGCCGGCAACCUGUGCCUCAGCCUGGUGCACAAGGACACCAAAGUCGCCACCUUCUGCGACGACAACAGCGAUGGCCUCCCGCAGGUCAACUCGGGAGGCAGCGUCCUGAAGCUGGCCGCGGGGGACACCGUCUGGCUGGAGAGCGACCCCGAGGCGGGGAACAAGGUUUACGAGGGCACCGAGGCCGACAGUGUCUUCAGCGGCUUCCUGCUCUUCCCGGCGACGGCCUGA